AUAUCAGACGUGAAAGGUUUAGGGUUUAGAGGCGAAAGAACAGGCGCCACUCUGCAACUGAAGGCGCCAAAGCUCAAUCAACUCUAUCACUGAUUGGCUCGCUGGGAGCGCCGGCGACGGGUUGGGUCCAUUUCUUUGACUUCCAUCAGUCUUCUGAUGCUGUAAAAGAAACACAUCUCUAGGUGUGUUGCAGCAAGACACAGUCGGCAUGAGUGUAAGAAGAACCGGGGAAGAAAGUAGAGAUGUAAACAAAUGAAAUCUCAAUUUACUGCACGGAAAUGACUCAGAUGCAUAGAGGAUUAUCGUUCGUUUCCAGUUCUUGCUCCGUUUUCCCACCUUCAACUUCUCGUUUUGACCUCUUCACGGCUAAGUGCAGGGCACUUCAGAAUCACCGAGGCCCUCAAUUGCAGUGCGCUUCGUUUGGUUUUUUUGACAAAAAUAACAAAUUUUUACAGCUUAGAAUUAAUAAGGUCACAGUCUCUUCCAUCAAUACAACCAAUUGUCCAACAAAUGGAGACAACUUGUAUCACCUUCCAAUUCUCAGUAAUGGGCGCAAAUAUGUUGUAACAGUUCAAUCUUGCUCAAAAUUUGUAUAUCUUAGUCGCACAUCCCAUGGGCCUACUUAUGGUCCUUGGUCUUUGGACAGUGGCAUUGGAUUCAGUUCACUUAAUUGUAGAGCUUUUCGGAAGCGAUUGUUUUCUCAGAGUCCUAGUGUGACAAGCAAAAAUGAAAGCGUGGGUGUCAGAGAUGGAAAUACCUUGGCUUUCAACGGUUCGUAUAAGCAUUGGAAUAAGGCAAAGGGGUUGACAGCUCAUGCUAAAACUAGAAGUGCUAAUUCAGGUUUAUGUGCUGCUAAAGAUGUUGAAAUUACGACUUCAGAUGAGCCAUUGGUUGGAGAACCGAAGGAGGCUGGGAAGUUGGAAGCAUCAAUUUCAACUUCUGUUAGAAAUAGUACAGAAAGCUCUCAAGUCAAAGGAAACAAGAAGCAGCGCUCUACUAGCAAGAAAAAGAAGGAAAAACCUUCUGCUGCUCUCAUUUUUGAAGAAUCCCCUGUUGCAAAAGAUUCCAAAAGUGCUACCCAAACAAAGAGUUCCACAGUUAGCAAAAGUGGUCAGAGAGCCACACGGUCCUCAGAGAAAAUUGUGGCUGCAAAGACGCUAGUGAAAGUGGCUGAUGGUUCUGCUCCAACAAAGAAGCAGUCUAGCAAAAAAAGUGGGAACUCGAGUAGAAAGGGGAAAUCUGUUAAAGCAGUUAAUGGAUCCCUACAGAAAUGGUGUCCACAGGAGAUUAGCAACGUAAAAUCUGGGCAAAGACCAUUGAAGCAGCUAUUUCCUCCAACUGGCAAAUCUGUCGUGGUUGUUGAGUCCGUUACAAAAGCAAAGGUCAUUCAGGGUUACCUUGGUGAUAUAUAUGAAGUCUUGCCAAGCUAUGGUCAUGUAAGAGACUUGGCUGCAAGAUCUGGAUCAGUGCGCCCUGAUGAUGACUUUAGUAUGGUAUGGGAGGUUCCAUCUGCGGCCUGGACUCAUUUGAAGAGUAUCAAGGUCGCCCUAAGCGGAGCAGAAAACCUUAUUCUUGCUUCUGAUCCUGAUCGUGAAGGAGAGGCUAUUGCCUGGCAUAUCGUUGAGAUGUUGCAACAGCAAGAUGCCUUACGUGAAGAUAUUAAUGUGGCAAGGGUUGUCUUUCAUGAAAUUACUGAGGUAUCCAUUAAAAAUGCUCUACAAAAUCCGAGAGAAGUCGAUGUCAAUUUGGUUCAGGCUUACCUUGCACGACGUGCUCUAGAUUAUUUGAUUGGGUUCAACAUUUCACCAUUAUUAUGGAGGAAACUCCCAGGUUGCCAGUCAGCUGGACGCGUCCAAUCUGCUGCAUUGGCACUCAUAUGUGACAGGGAAAUGGAGGUUGAUGAGUUUAAGCCACAACAAUAUUGGACAAUUGAGGCUGGGUUCAACCAAGAAGCAGCUGGUUCCUUACGUAAUGCCUUCACCUUUCCAUCCCAUUUGACACAUUUUGAUUCAGAAAAGUUAAAUCAGUUCUCAAUCAGCUCUGAUAAGGAGGCAAAUGAUGCUAAGCAGAAGAUCAAUUCCACAAGAUUUCAAGUAAAUGGCUCAAAAAAGAAUAUGUUGCGAAAAACUCCCCCGACGCCGUAUAUAACAUCAACACUUCAGCAGGACGCUGCAAACAAAUUACAUUUUUCUGCUACUUACACAAUGAAGCUUUCACAGAAGCUUUAUGAGGGGGUUCAGUUAUCAGAUGGGAAGGCUGUGGGUUUGAUAACAUACAUGAGAACAGAUGGAUUACAUAUAGCUGAUCAAGCUGUUGGUGACAUACGCUCCUUGGUCAAUGAAAGGUAUGGGCCAAAUUACACAUCUGAUACUGCACGCAAAUAUUUUAAGAAGGUGAAGAAUGCCCAGGAGGCCCAUGAAGCGAUUAGACCUACUGAUAUUUGGAGGUUACCAUCAAUGCUUAUUGGGUUACUUGAUGAAGAUUCCUUGAAGUUAUAUGCUCUUAUAUGGUCUCGUACAGUUGCAUGCCAAAUGGAGGCCUCUACCAUUGAGCAGAUACAAGUUGACAUAAGGAAUGCUGGUGAUUCCAUUGCUUUCAGGUCUGCUUGUUCUAGGGUUGCAUUUCUUGGAUACCAGGCAGUUUAUGAGGAUGUGGAAGCUGGUGCAAUUAGACAGAAGGAGAAUGAGAGAAAAAGUCGUGAAGAAGCUUUUGCAAUUCUCAAUUCAUUGAAGGCAGGAGAUUCAUUGUGCCUUAUUGAAGUAAAACCCAAGCAGCAUUUUACCCAGCCUCCACCUCACUACUCUGAGGGAACAUUGGUUAAGAAGUUGGAGGAACUUGGGAUUGGAAGACCUUCUACAUAUGCAACCACCAUGAAAGUUUUACAGGACCGUAACUAUGUGACAGUAAAAAAUCGUGUAUUAUAUCCAGAAUUUCGUGGUCGUAUGGUGUCAGCAUUUCUCGCCCAUCAUUUUUCUGAGGUCAUGGACUAUAGCUUUACUGCUGAUAUGGAGACUGAGCUUGAUAAUGUAUCUGCUGGCUUAACCGAGUGGAAAGGCCUCCUAAGAGAUUAUUGGACGCGAUUUAGCUCAUAUUGUAGCCGCACGGAUAAAGUCCACAUUCAUCAGGUGGAGAAGAUGUUGGAGAAAACAUUUGGGAGUUUCUUGUUUGCUUCUCUCCCUGAUAAUAGCAGGACGUGUCCAAGUUGCAUGGAGGGAACUUUGAUUUUCAAAGUGAGUAGGUUUGGGGCAGGAUAUUUCAUAGGAUGUGAUCAACACCCAAGAUGCAAGUACAUUGCUAAGACAUUAUAUGGUGAUGAGGAAGAAGAAGAAACUCCUCAGAACAACAACAGUAGUGUGGAGGAACCAAAACUACUAGGUGUACAUACAAUGUCGAAUGAAAAGAUUUUCUUGAAGAAUGGCCCUUACGGAUUCUAUGUACAACUUGGUGAAGAUAGGAAGGGAUACAUACCUAAACGAGCCUCUGUUUCCCAUAUUAAGGAUGUGGAUUCUAUUACUGUUGAUGAUGCUAUCGAGUUACUGCGGUAUCCUGUGACACUGGGAAACCAUCCCAAGGAUGGGCAUCCGGUAUUAUUAAAGUUAGCUAAGGUUGGAUUUUCUGUUAGGCAUCGACGUACAAUUGCAUCUGUCCCCAAGAGUGUGAAGCCAAAUGAUGUCACCUUAGAGAAAGCGUUGGAACUUCUAUCGAGUACAGACGUAAGACGAUGUGGCCGACCUAAGGGCAAGCCAAAGAUUGAGGAGCCCUUGGAGGCCUAAACAUUUGGGUUCAUUGCAGGAAUUUCAACUCUUACUAAAUUUUUUUUACAUGUCAAUCCUGGAGUAUACGUCGAAAUUUUGAAAUAGAAGAUUUAUUGUAUAUACAUAAUAAUCAAUUUUGUUGUGAUGAAUUUUCUCGUUGAUUUUCAUAUGGAUUUAUGUUAUAGUAGAUUUCAAACUUUUUAGGAUAAGUGCUUUGAUAAUGAUGAUGAGAUUGAUGAUUGAUGAUUGA